AUGAUGCACGACAGUAGCUCUAGUUCGAACCUGACGAGCAGCAGUGGCUCUAGCGACUCGUCUACUAGCAACCGCGCUGGCAGUGGUGGCGGCGGCGGCGGUGAUAUUGAGAAUGCCAUGGCGGCGCUUCGCGAGAGAAUUCGGAGCCAAGCGGGAUCUCUGCUGAACAACAUUGCGUCUACCGUACAGAAUACGUCCCGCAGUACCAGUGAACCAAUCCUACCAUCUGUCACUACAACAACUACACGUACUACUACUAGCAGUAGUAGUCAAGCACGAACCACUUCAUCAUCAACAGCAGACCAAUCCUUCUUGUCCAUGUUCCGCUUGUCGCAAGAAAACGGUCAAGAUCCACGAGAAAACGGACACAGUCAUUACAAUCGCAAUCAUCAUCGCAAUAAUCGCAAUAGUACACCCAUGAUGCUUCCGGAUUCCUCCCACGAUGAAAUCCAUCUCUUCCACGAUGACGCGCAAAAGGACUCGGUUGUUCUUACGGAAAGUUCCGACGAAUCAUCCUCGAGUCAUGCAGAGCGAUUUCCAUUUCCCUCUUCCAUUACACGAUCCGUCUCUGCUGCUAGUAGCAGUACAGGUACUAGUACUAGUCGCUCUAGUUUCUUUCGAGCGCGCAACAAGGAUGACGAUGACGACUACACAAGCCAAAACAAGGAUAGUAGAAGACCGUGGAAUGAAGAAUAUGAGCAAUCUCAAUCGUGGAAUCAAUCAUGGAAUGACGACUCCAAGGCGUUUCCAUGGGACGAUAACAACUUGAAUACUAAUAAUAAUAAAAAGCCAGACGAGGAAAGCAUCAUCAAUCAUCAUCAUCCAUCCAGCAGCAGCAGCAGUCAACCACCACCACCGUGGAAUAAUAAUAAUGAGGACACGACGGAAAAAACCCAUUCCAGUCGGUCCAGUCGGUCCACCAGCAGCAGACCGUGGAUUGAUGACACGACGUCAAGACCUUGGAUGAAAGACAAUAGUGACAACAACAACAACAACAAUGACGCCAAUGUCAAGCCACGAAGAAAAGUACCCAGUCGGUCUCAAUCCUAUGACCCUUCGCGGUUGUCGAGACCUUGGGACAAUGAUGACAAGCCCCAAGAAAUCCACUCUAGUCGGUCUAGUAGACCGUGGAAUGACAAUGACGACGACAAGCCAGAAGAAAUCACCUCCAGUCGAUCGACAUCGUGGAAUCAAGACAAGACAGAGAAGAGCGCAUCCAAUCUGUCUAGUAGUAGACCGUGGGAGGACGACAAGCAGAAGGAUUCUCCACCGUGGAAUAAUGACAAUGACAACCACAACCACCACCACCACAACCACAAGACCAAGGAUCCUACUAAAAAGGCCACUUCUACUUUCAAAAAGGAACCUCCUCCUCCCAACCUCGAACCAGCCAGUGAUGAUAGCAGCAGUGAUGGAAGUAGUAGUGAUGGAAGUAGUAGUGAUGACGGUAGUGUCGGAGGCAACUAUCCACCUCUGAUGGAACAACAACAAACUGCUGCCAAACACAAACACAAACCAAAGGCUCCCCCAAACAACAACAACAACAACAAUGAUAGUGACAGUGAUGACAGCAGUGUCCAAAUCAAGUUGAUUUCAAAGUCCAAAAAGUAUCCCAUUGUGGAUCUCGAAAAAGUGGUAGAGCACAGUAAUCGAAGUGAAGACGAUGAUGCUAGCUACCCUCCCAUCUUGCACCAGCAGCAAAAGAAAUCAAGUUCCAGCAAAGAUCCAGACAGUGAUAGUGAUGAUAGCAUCCAAAUCAAGCUGAUUUCAAAGCCCAAAAAGUAUCCCAUUGUCGACCUUGAAAAGGUGGUGGAACACAGCAACCGCAGUGAUGAUGAUGACGCUAGCUACCCGCCGGUCUUACAGCAGCACAAAUCAAGUUCCAGCAAAGAUCCAGACAGUGACAGUGAUGACAGCUUCCAAAUCAAGCUGAUCUCAAAGCCGAAAAAGUACCCCAUUGUCGAUCUUGAAAAAGUGAUAGAGCACAGCAAUCGAAGUGAGGAUGAUGACGAUGCUAGCUAUCCUCCAAAGUUGGAGCAAAGCAAAUCAAUCCAAAAAUCAAGUCUCAAAGUUCCGUCCAACAGUAGUGGUGACAACUUGAAAACGUCGACCAACCAAUGGGAAUUUUCGGUUGCGGAUUUUCAGAAUCAUCCAAGUGGCAACGAUAGUAGUGAAGAGGAGGAACCGGUUGUGGUAAAAAAGGCGGUAGCAAAGAGGAAAUCUUCCGUCAUGUUCAAACUUCCCGACGAUUUCACCGAUUCCGACGACGACGACGAUAAGGAUGCCAAGCUCAAAUCAAUGAUGCUCAAAAAACCACCGAUUCGUCCAUCCAUUCCUCGGCCAUCACUGGCUAGCUUCAAAUCCUCAGACAGUAAUGAUGACAACAACAACAACAACAACAAAAGCAACAGCUACGAUGAUUUCGGUCUACAAAAUGUCAGAGAAAAAGUCAGAUGCGGCAAUGAUUCCAAAAUUGGACUUGUCCUCUGCUUUUUGAUUCCGCUCGUCUGGGCUGCUCUUGUCCCCCUUGCGUUGAUCUACAGUAACAAAGUCGAGACGGUGGCUCCUUCGAUUGCACCCACGGGGGCUCCCACCGGCAUGCCCACCAUACUCCCCACAACCAAUCCACCCACUCCGCUCCCGCCUCUGUUUGCCAUUCUACCGGCAUACACCGAACAAGCCCUGUCUUUACCAAAUUCUCCACAAAGCAAAGCACUCCAAUGGCUGGUCGAAGAUCCUCUUUUUAGCACGUAUGAUGUGGCACGACAAGCACAACGAUUUGCAUUGGCGACAUUCUACUAUGCCACCAAGGGCGAGAACUGGACGCUAAACAACAAUUGGCUCUCUGUGGAGUAUGGAAUGCACGAGUGCUUUUGGUAUGCCCAAACCAAUGUCUGCAAUGGUCUACAGGAAUACACCGUGCUGGAACUCAAUGACAACAACUUGGAAGGAGUCCUGCCUCGAGAAAUAUCCAUGUUGACUGCCCUGCAACAGAUCCAUUUGCAAGAGAACAAGAUUAUGGGAAGUAUCCCUUCCACGGUGGCACAGCUCAUGGACAUGCAAGUCUUGGAUCUGCAAGACAAUUUCAUCACGGGACCCAUUCCCACAGAACUUGGCCUCAUGACUGGGUUGCAACAGCUUUGGUUGAAUGGAACUCGUGGAGACAGCAUGCCCCGGGUAGCUGGCAUUCCUUCCGAAUUGGGACUCUUGACAGAGCUAGAACAGCUCCAUCUAGCAAGGAACAAAUUGAAUGGCAAGGUUCCCUCGGAACUUGGCUUGUUGCCCAAGUUGGAUUGGUUGUCAUUGCGUCACAAUAUGCUGACGGGGGUCAUUCCGGAGGAACUUUCGUUGCUUCCAAAAUUGAGUUGGAUGGAUCUGGCAGAGAAUUGGUUCCGGGGGAACAUUCCGUCCAAUUUGGGGUUGCUCAACAAUACACUUCGAAUCUUGCAGUUGGAGUACAAUUCCCUUUCCGGCACAAUUCCUUUUGGUUUGAAUCGAUUGACGAGUGUGCAGCAUGUGUGGUUGCAGGAGAAUCUGCUGACCGGGUAUCUCCCGGUUGGACUGUGCUAUUUCAAACGAAUCGGCAAGGUGCAAACAAUAUGGGUCGACUGCGACGAGGUAACGUGCGACUGCAACUGUCUAUGUGUCACCCAAGAAGAAGUGUUAGACGAAGCCACUGCAGCUCAGUCCAGGGGGCAUGGGUCGUGA